AAUUGGUUAAUGUAAUAAUGGCACUUUGAGAAUAGGUAAUUCGUAGUGUAAAUACUAAAUGAUAAUAGGUUUGUAAAUUUUAGUACGACUUUUAUACCAAGCCAUGUCACUUGAUAUUUACAACAAAGAAAUGGCACAACAAGAAAAUAUGGAAAAAAGUGACAUGGAUAUGGAUUGAUAGAUGUAAUGCAUAUUUAAUUAUUAGGAAAGACGUGUUGUAUAUUAUAAAAAUACAUUCACAUUCAUGAUUGAUAACGCGUACUGUACGCAUAUAUUGAAACCCAAAAAUUUGUACUUUCAAUUGAAAAAAAAUAUCACAUCUAGCCAAUUGUGGUUACGCAUUUCGUCUAUUACGCGCUUCCCGGCUUUUGUUUUGAUUGCGUACUGUUUUCGCUUAGUGUAAUGUGAAGUACAAUAAGGGAAAAGAAAGUUUUUCAAAUAAUUCCACUGGUUGCACAUCUUCUCCUUUUUAGAGUUAGACAAAUGGCAUCGAACACUAAUUUGUACAGCCUAAUAUUUGUCUGUGGCCUGUCCAUCCCAUUAUCGCUGUUUAUGUGGCUUGGAAAUGUCGCAUUUUCGAAGGUGUGGUGGCAUGAACAUGACGAUGAAUUGGUUAUACCACCCACUCGUUGGCUUAUGUCCAUUUUAGCGCCGAUCUUAUUAAUGGCAGUAGCUCUGCGAAGAAAAUCUGUGAGUAAAUCGGGCGCAGCGUUGGGAGUUGUGUUUGCAUUUAUUCUGUCUAUAUCAAACCACGCGUUCUUCUUCAGUUUGGCAUCGUUUUUCUUUAGUUCCUCCAGAGCAACCAAGUUUCGAGCUCACCUCAAGCGCAAAUUUGAAACUGAUUUUAAAGAAGGCGAAGGACAACGCAAUUGGAUUCAAGUGCUCUGCAAUGGAGGUAUGGCAACACAGUUGGCAAUACUGUAUCUUAUUGAUUGUGGAAGCAGCGAACGUCCUAUUGAUUUUAUAAAGGACUAUCGCGGUAGUUGGCUUGGAGUUGCAGUUCUGAGUGCUUUUGCUUGCUGCAAUGGUGACACUUGGGCCAGCGAGUUGGGUUCCGUUCUAUCAAUCAGAGAUCCGCUUCUUAUUACUUCAUGCAAACGUGUGCCACGCGGCACAAAUGGUGGAGUUUCAAUACCUGGUAUUGUGGUUAGCUUAAUAGGAGGCCUAGUUGUUGGUGUCUCGUAUUAUAUAUGUGUGCGGUUUACGGUUGCAGCGAAUAUAUUGCUUGUUAGUCCUCCUCAAUGGCCGCUUAUUGUGUUUGGCGGCAUAGCAGGACUUUUUGGAUCAUUCAUUGAUUCCGUUCUCGGUGCUACACUGCAAUACACUGGCAUCGAUGAAAAUGGUAAAAUUGUGGAACAUCCAGGAAAUAAUGUGCGUCACAUCAGUGGCUUACGCAUACUAGACAACCACAGUGUAAAUUUAAUAUCGAGCGUAAUAACUGGCGUUACGAUUCCUUUAAUUGCAUUGAAAUAUUGGCCGGAACGCUGACACUCGUACAUAAAAUCUUUUUGCAUGCACUGAAAUCCAAACGAACAAUCAAAUAUUGACAACGACGAUUUUAAAUCGACUACAUUUAUUAUCAUUUAAAUAUUUCACAUGACUUUCUUUAUGUUUAGAAUAUAUUAAUAAUCUCUGUUAUAGCUUUGUUUUAAACUAUAUAUAUUAAUUUGUCAUAUUUUAACCCAUCGCAUAUUUUUACUUAAAAAUAUUUCCAAAAAUUGUGCUACUUUCAAUGUGACUAACUGCGGCAGCUUUUGUGAAUAAAAUUGUACUGAAUUU